AGUAAGACAAAUAUGCAAGUUAUAAAAGCGAUGGAGGUAAUCAAACGCGCCCUAGGUCGCUCUGUUACAAAUAAAUCGAUGCUUGAUCAGGCCAAGCAGUACCAGCCAUCAAUGCUGGUGUGCGGUCCGUAUGUGCAUGCCAUCCAUCGUGCCGAUCAAUUCGGCACCCACACAGCUGGCACGUCGCACCACCCACCCCGCGCUAUAAAACGCUUCGCACUUCAUCACAUCACACCACCCUGCCAUGAUCAAAACACCACAGUAAAAACAUUUUCCUCUCCUCUGCACAGUGCACACAAAGGAACGAGCAAGUUGGAAUUACUCGUUCAGUAUGGAGUGCGUCGUGGAGCUGCAGCAGGGGCGGGAGCACUGCGCCACGGAGGUACCGGAGGGGGUCGAUGGCGCUGAGCUGCUCCGCGAGCUCCCGGACGCGUCGCUCGCCGCCAAGGAAGAGGAAGAGGGGGAGGAGGCGGCAGCAGCGCGCAGCAAGCGUCACCAGCUCGGCUUCCCGGCCGACGACGUCGGCGAAUGCUGGGUCGACGACGGCCUGCGGGAGCUGAACUCCAUCCACCCGCGCCAGGAGGCGGGCUGCGAGGACUGCGGGCUCGACGGCAUCGUUGCGUCCGGCUUCGACUGCUGCGGGUGCUCGCCGGGGCCGUACGUCCUGGACGACGUCGGCAGCGCCGUGGGGUACUGGGCGGAGGAGAUGGAGCCCGCCGCCUUUGGCUUCUUCAACGGCGACUGCGUGGGGGAGUGGUACUCGGACGGCAUGGCCUUGGAGUGGGACGAAGGGGGAAGCUACUGCUCCUUUUACCCCUCCUACGGCGGCGAGGCGUGCGCGGAGCAACCGUACGUCAGUCCAUUGUGGGAGUGAGAUGUGUGUGAGGCUGUGACUGUGAGCCUUUUCUUUUUCUGAGCUAGAAGUAAUUUUUUUAAGGUUUUUUUGAGCAAGAACCUACAAGUGUGUGUGAGCCGUGAACAGUGUUUCCGUCUAGUCUUGUGGAUGCCCGUGGGCCACGGCAGAUUGGACCGUGGGCCUUGCAUGUCAUGUCUGAAUUUUGCAAAUUUAGCACGACCUGAAUUUGCUGAAGAGAGCAUGAGUCCCUCACGUGAUUGGACAAAUUUAUUUCU